AUGUCAAACUCAAGUGACACCCCACCCUAUCAAAAUGCCGGUCUCUCAAUUGAGGACCGUGUGAACGAUCUUCUCGAUCGGAUGACGGUAGACGAGAAGGCUGCCCUCCUCUUCCAGGACAUGGUCUUUAUGGGAAAAGACGGAGCCCUAGCGCCUGCAGUCCCAGCAUUCGACAUGCCCAGCAGCGUUGAUCUCAUCCAUAAGAAGCAAAUGACGCAUUUCAAUCUCUUGGGCCCUAUCAAAGAUGCUCGAGCCGCUGCUCGGUGGCAUAACAACCUGCAGCGCGAAGCCCGCGAGACGCGACUGGGCAUUCCAGUCACAAUCUCGACCGAUCCGCGUAACCACUUCACCGAUAAUGUGGGCACCGGGUUCGAGGCGGGUAUCUUCUCACAGUGGCCCGAGUCACUCGGAUUAGCGGCUUUACGGUCUGCCGAACUCGUCGAAAAGUUCGCCGACAUCGCUCGGCAAGAGUAUCUGGCGGUCGGGUUGCGAGUGGCCCUGCAUCCCCAAGUUGAUCUAGCUACGGAGCCUCGCUGGGCGCGCCUGAACGCUGCUUUUGGGGAAGAUGCAGACCUGACCUCGGAGUUGGUCGCCGCUUAUAUUCGUGGCUUCCAAGGGGGAGCUAUCUUGGGACCCCAGUCCGUGUCGACGAUGACGAAGCAUUUCCCUGGGGGUGGACCUCAGAAGGACGGGGAAGACCCGCAUUUUACGUACGGCCGUGAACAGGUGUAUCCGGGCAACCAGUUCGACUAUCAUUUGAAGCCGUUCAAGGCCGCGAUUGCGGCGGGUGCGGCGCAGAUGAUGCCUUACUAUGGGAUGCCGGUCGGCACGUCGUACGAGGAAGUGGGCUUUGCAUUCAACAAAGCUCUUAUUACGGGGCUGUUGCGCGAAGAGCUAGGAUUUCAAGGCAUCAUCUGUACGGAUUGGGGGCUGGUCACCGACAAGGCAAUCAUGGGUCAGCCGAUGCCAGCGAGAGCAUGGGGCUUAGAGCAUCUGUCUCGACCGGCUCGUAUCCAGCGCAUCAUGGAAGCUGGAUGCGAUCAGCUUGGCGGCGAGUCGUGCCCAGAGUUACUUAGCGAGCUGGUUACAAGCGGCCAGGUUUCGGAGCAGCGGCUCGACCAGUCGGUUCGUCGUCUCCUACGGGCAAAAUUCCAGCUAGGCUUGUUCGAUAAUCCUUUCGUGGACGAGGACGCAGCCGAGCAAAUCGUCGGCAAUGAGGAGUUCUGCAAGUUGGGUGCCGAGGUGCAGCGGCGCAGCUAUAAUUUGUUGACCAACAAAGACAAUUGCCUGCCGCUGCCUCACACUCGUCUUCAAACGGCCAAGCUAUACCUCGAGGGUAUUCCCGCGGAAACCGUGCAAAAGUUUGGUCUCCAGGUUGUGGAAGACCCGGCUGACGCCGACGUUGCUUUGCUACGUCUGAAAACUCCUUAUGAACCACGCCCUGGCAGGUUCGAGGCACUGUUUCACACAGGCUCUCUCGAGUUCAGUGAAGAGAAGAAAGCCCAUCAUACCAAGAUUUUCGAUGCGGUCCCCAUUGUCAUUGUGGACAUUCAGGCCGACCGUCCUCCAGUGGUACCUGAGAUCAUUGAGCGGGCUUCUGCGGUCUUUUUGUCCUAUGGAAGCCAUGCUGACGCCUUCCUGGAUGUUGUUCUUGGGAAGUUUGAGCCAGAGGGUAGAUUGCCUUAUGAUCUCCCUUCGUCCAUGGAAGCAGUUCAGCAGUCGAGAUCGGAUACUCCUUAUGAUACUCGCGACCCUUUGUUCCGAUUUGGUCACGGCCUUCGGUAUAGUGCUUGA